GUAGUGGAGUGAGGGGUCUGGGCAGCCGGCCGUAGUUUGGCGGUUUGGCUUUGGGGGAAAAUCGGGUCUGUUCGGAGUGGUUUUUUGGGGUUAUUGUUUUUGGGAAGGUGUGCGAUGGGGGAUGGGCUCGUUGGGAACGGCACCAACAAAACUUUAACCACUUCAGUGGCAUAUCGGUGCCAUCACCUCCGGUUGCCUCGUUCACAGGCGCCAGGAAUCACUUUGCAACUUUAUAAAAUAUGACGAGCCUCUGCUCGGAGUUCACGAAAAAGUAACUAGUAAGUAGCCGCUGCCAAGAAAAUGGUGUGAAUUCGAAUUUAAGACGAGAUUGGAGUGUAGCACGUACCGGCGACAAGUGGUUAAAUUGUGUCUUGUCUAGCGACUUCUAACCCCCCUCCUCUCGGCGCUGGUUUAGUCUGGCUCGUCCCCAGUUGCUGCAUUUGUCCCGGGAUGACCUGUUGAUGUAGGGAAAGAUGGAGUGCACGGGGAGGAUGUAGCAAGCCCCCCCUCGGCCCCCAGCACCACCACCGCCGCCAGAAAAUAAUUUAAAAAAUCGAACAUUUCAACGGGUAGCCUAAAUCCGACGUUGGUAGAUUUUUAAUUUUGCCUAACAAUGUGUGAUGUAGUUAAAUGUGACCGGCCUGAGCCGUUGUCUAGGAAAUAAUAAAAUUCGCGUGUGUUGGUCGAACCUAAAAUUUGACUACAUUCAGAAUAUCUGGUCUCUGUAGGCCGUAGGAUGUAACGCAACCCGACAUCGCAUUGCAUUGGCACGGACGGGGCGAGAGCGACGGAUGUGAACUCCUUAAAUAAUUUAUUUGUUUGACUAUUUUUGUUUCCGAAUUCAUGUGGGCGCUGUAGUUAAUAGCGAGGAAGCGCUACUCCGGCACAGAAUAUCGGCGGAUUCCGAAUUUUUCGUCUGCUGUUCUCCCCCUUGGCCGUGCCAGUUGAGCGCCCCAAUUCCACCGGGCAAAGAUACUGGCACACGACGGGGCACGGCCGGUUUGCUAACGAGACCGCUUUGCAGUUUCCCGGUGCGAGUCCGAGCUAACACGGCAAGGGAGACAUACAUUCGCACUUCCUACAUUUGAGAUUCUGGGGUGCUGGGCGUAGCGCCAUGGCUCAGACGCUUCAGAUGGCCAUUCCCAACUUCGGUAACAACGUGCUGGAGUGUCUGAACGAGCAGCGGCUGCAGGGCCUGUACUGCGACGUGUCGGUGGUGGUCAAGGGCCACGCCUUCAAGGCCCACCGCGCCGUGCUGGCGGCCAGCAGCUCCUACUUCCGGGACCUCUUCAACUCGGGGAGCAAGAGCGCGGUGGUGGAGCUGCCCCCGGCCGUGCAGCCGCAGAGCUUCCAGCAGAUCCUGUCCUUCUGCUACACGGGCCGGCUCAGCAUGAACGUGGGCGACCAGUUCCUGCUCAUGUACACGGCCGGCUUCCUGCAGAUCCAGCAGAUCAUGGAGAAGGGCACCGAGUUCUUCCUCAAGGUCAGCUCCCCCAGCUGCGACUCGCAGGGGCUGCACGCCGAGGAGACCCCGCCCUCCGAGCCCCAGAGCCCCGUCACGCAGACCUCCGGGGGCGGGGCCGGGGGGGCCGGCCGGCCCGCCUCCUGCCUCACCCCGCUGCCGCUGGUGUCGCGCGUCAAGAUGGAGCAGCAGGAGCCCUCGUCCCACUCGGUGGUGUGCACGCCCGUGGCCAAGCGGCUGUGGGAGGGCGGGAACCGCGAGGCGGGCGGGGGCUCGGGCGGGGGAGGGGGCGGGGGGAUGAGGAAGGCCGCCCGCUUCUCCCAGGAGGGGGGGAGGGGGCCCGGCGGCCUGUCCCAGGGCGGGGUGGGGGGCCUGGCCGGGGGCAGCAGCACCACCAUCACCACCAACAGCAACAACAACAACAACAGCAGCGGCGCCGCCUGCGAGGGCACCAGCCCGGGCAACCUGAGCGCCUACGCCAGCGACUCGCCCAUCUCCUACCACGAGGAAGAGGAGGAGGAGGAGGGCACCGACGACGGCACCGAGGAGCAGUACCGGCAGAUCUGCAACAUGUACACCAUGUACAGCAUGCUCAACGUGGGGGCCGCAGCUGGCGAGCGCGUGGACGCCCUCCCGGACCACCUGACCUCGGACACGCGCAGCCGCAUGCGCAUGCGGCAGGACCUGGCCUCGCUGCCCGCCGAGCUCAUCACACAGAUCGGCAACCGCUGCCACCCCAAGCUCUACGAGGAGGGCGACCCCGCCGAGAAGCUGGAGCUGGUCUCAGGCACCAGCGUCUUCAUCACGCGGGCGCAGCUGAUGAACUGUCACGUCAGCGCGGGGACUCGACACAAAGUGCUCCUGCGGAGGCUGCUGGCCUCCUUCUUCGACCGGAGCACUCUGGCUAACAGCUGUGGGACAGGAAUCCGCUCCUCCACUAACGACCCCAGCCGCAAGCCCCUGGACAGCCGAGUGCUCCACGCUGUCAAGUUCUACUGCCAGAACUUCGCCCCGAGCUUCAAGGAGAGCGAGAUGAACGCCAUCGCGGCGGACAUGUGCACCAACGCGCGGCGCGUGGUGCGCAAGAGCUGGAUCCCCAAGCUGAAGCUGCUGAUGGCCGACGGGGACCCCUACUCCAGCUUCCUGCCCGACGCCGUCAAGAUGGAGGAGGACGGCCUGGGCGCCGAGCACGCCUUCGACGCCGGGGCCCUGGAGGCGGGGCCCACCGGGGAGGCGGGCACCUCCAGCGAGGCCCUGCAGGGGGUGGGCGGGGACAGCAGCACUUUGUUUUAGUAAGUGACCCUGGUGCCACCGCCCCCUUCCACCGUCCCCCAAACCUUAAUACCCCAGCUCCCCCGUCCCCACCUCCACCACCCACCCAAUCACCCACCCACCCCACACCCCCCGCCCCCCGCCCUCCGCCUCCUCUCCUCCCCUCCCUGUCCCGGAGCCUCUGUCCCGGAACGGAGGAGGCAGUGGAAGGGAGGUGGGGGGGGGGGUAGAGGUGGGAGUUUAGGACCCCUUCCGUCGCCUCGGCCUGCUGUAAGAAGUUGUGAUUAUUUUGGCGACGGAAGCUUCUGGACGCCAGUGUCGCUUACCAAACCCGCCUGCCUGGGCCGCCAUCUCCAUAUCGACGAAAACGCACCCCCCCCCGUGGGGCCCGGGCGGGAGCGGGGGCCGAGGCUGCGGUGGGGGGGGGGGGGACAAGGGGCCCCCGCCAGCUCGGAGAGCGCUGUCUGGACUGUGAAUGGAAGUUGCCGGAAACUUUGGGCCCAGAUCGUGGCGGAAUCGUCCCGGGAACCGGCGCGGCGUGUGCCGGGAGCGCCCAUGGUGGGUUAACCAGUCUGUCCCGCCCCCCGCCCCCCACCCCCAAACUCUGUCAUGUUUUUACCAGAAUAUUGACCAUUUACUUUGUUUUCUUUUUAUAUCGUUUGUUCUUUUUUAGUUUUGUAAUGCUUUUACUCCUGUGUGUGUAAAAGGCAAAGGAUGGCGAGAGGGAGGGAUCUGUUACUGAAGACUGUAGAGGGGCAGGGCGGAGACCCCGUCGUUUCAGAGUGUAUUUAUCUACAUCCACACGCCCGUUACGCGUGUGGACAACCAGAGAGGGAUUGUUUUAAAAUCUCAUUUUUGGACUGAAUUGUUUUGUGAACUUAAUUCCCCCCACCCCACCCCACUAAAUAUUUUAAGUGAACAAACAAAAACAACUUUUUUUUCUUUCCCCCUCGUUUUUGCAUUCUUUGCAAAUCUUAUCCAAAUAUGAAAGUUGUUUUUGUUUGUCUGUUGCCCAGACGCGGUGGCGUGCGUCGGUGUGUGUGUGCGCCAGGGCGUUUUCCCGUGUGUGCGAGACGGCUCUGCGUGGCGGCCUCCCGCUGUGAGGUCUGAGCGCUUGCACCUUGUCGGCGGUACAGGAGCCUGAGGGGGGGGUCAUUCGCCGCGUGGUCCUGGGGCUGGCGGCUGGCCGCGGCGGUGUCUUGCCCUUUGGGGCUCCGCUGCGGCUCUCUGGCUGGCGUGCGGCUGAUGCUGGGUAACUGAACGAGGCCUGGCUCUCACGGUCCUGGAAAAUCCUUGAAAAUAUCUUCAUCCUGGGAGGCCCAUUUUAAAGUAAUGGGAAGUGGUCAAAUAUUCGACUGUCCUUUGGAGAAUCUGGGGAAAAUUGCCCCCCAAAAAAAGAGACAAAACUUUACAAUUGGUUUUCUCACUAAAUCAUCAGCAUGAUGUCACUUCCUGUCGUGUCUUGCUGUAUUGGCCAACUGACAGGGCUAACUGACUGGAACGCUCGCAAGCCACUGUGUGUGUCUUAGUAGGCCCGAUAUUUUGAAAGUACUGUGCUUGAAAAUGUAGUACCACCUCAUGAACUUAGCCCUGGCUAGUUUGCCAAAAGUAUAUCUUUGCAGGUCCGUCGUUUCAUCUGAGAAUGUCGGCGAAACGACCCUGAAAAUAUUCAUCUGAUUUGCGGGAGAACCCUGAGAGACCUGCCCUUUCAGCCUGAAUGGAAGUGACAUUGCGUCAGCUCACCCGGUGCCAUUGUAAGAGAUCCUUUGGGCUGGCUGGCUCUGGAAAUGCCUUGAACUACAAAAGAAGGCCACGCUAGACCUUGCUCAAUGACUCGAGUCAACCUGCUCUGGACAACAGUUCCCUUUGAAAUUGAGGUACUGGGUAAAUC